AUAGAAAAGGCCAGAAGCCCAUUUUUGUGUAUCCCAUAUAUUCAUUAUACUAAGUACCAUUUGGGUAUUGAAAAAAAAUAAUAUAUUUUUUAGAGUGAUCAAGAGAGAAAAUAAUUAAUUAUGGGUGAAGAAGGAGUUUUCAAUAAGAUGAAGCCUUAUUUGGCAAUGAUAUUCCUUCAAUUUGGUUAUGCUGGAAUGUACAUAGUUACCCUUGUUUCAUUCAAACGUGGCUUUAGCCAUUGGGUUUUUGUUGUCUAUCGCCAUGCCGUUGCUACCCUCGUUUUUGCUCCGUUUGCAUUUUUCCUCGAAAAGAAAAGAAGGCCAAAGAUGACAAUAUCAAUAUUCUUCAAGAUUAUGGUGCUUGCUUUCUUGGAGCCGGUGCUGGACCAGAACUUGUACGGUGUAGGAAUACAGUACACGUCAGCAACCUUUGCAUCAGCUACUGUUAAUGUUCUUCCCGCCAUCACCUUCAUCAUGGCCCUCAUUUUCAGGUUGGAAAAGGUGAAUCUGAAAAAGAUGUACAGUUUGGCAAAGGUGAUUGGUACGGCGGUGACAGUGACAGGAGCGAUGGUGAUGACACUGUACAAAGGCCCCGCCGUCGAUAUAUUCCGCAACGGCAGCCACCACCAAGCCGCCGCCGGUUCCGCCGAUCAGCACUGGGUCGCCGGCACUAUUAUGUUGCUCUCUUGUAUUGUCGGCUGGUCCGCCUUCUUUAUCCUGCAAAACAAGACAUUGGAGGAGUACCCUGCUGAGCUGUCACUGACGUCAUUAGUUUGUUUCAUGGGAACAUUGGAAGGAGGAGUGGCGGCUGUAAUAAUGGAACGCCGUAAGAGUGCUUGGGCUAUUGGUUUUGAUUCCAGGCUUCUAGCAGCUUCUUAUUCUGGGAUAGUGUGCUCAGGAAUAGCAUACUACAUGCAAAGUGUAGUGAACAGGGUUCGAGGUCCGGUGUUUGUGACAGCGUUUAGUCCUCUCAGCAUGAUUAUUACUGCUGUGUUGGGUGCCCUAAUUUUGUCUGAGCAAAUUCAUCUUGGAAGCUUAAUCGGAGCGGUGAUAAUAGUAUUUGGGCUGUACUGUGUGGUUUGGGGCAAAAGCAAAGAGAAUAAUAAUAAACCAGGUGGUUCAGACAAAUUGGCAUCAUCAGGAAAAGGCGGCCAAGAAUUGCCUAUAGUUUCGGACAAGAAUUUUCACGAUGUUAUUAAUACUAAUGGUGCGAAACCAAUGAUUCGUGACAAGAAUUCCUUACACCACCAACAAGAGCCAUGAUCUAUGUGAUGAAGCAGCAAUAAUAUUUACCACUGCGCCUACCACUCUAUUUAUAUAUAAUCCCAUUAUCUUUUGUACGUACUAUAAUUGUAAUAACCUAAAUAUGUUGCAACUUUUGAUUAUUCAUUCUAAUUAAUGUUCAACCGCAUAUAUAUAUAUUUCUCUUACCACUCUU